AUGAAUGGUCUUUUGUUGCAUGAGAUCACAAAACUCCACAUCCAUGUCACCCCAACUGACCACUUGACCGAUGAGAUGCAGAAUAUUCUUUCUCACUUGAGAAGCCGGUUUAUAAAUACAGCUUCUUCCGCAGUUGAGUACGACCAAAUGAUUCGAGUGAACCAUUCGGGAGAGUUGGCCGCAGACCGCAUAUAUUGGGGCCAAAUGCUGGUCCUGAAGAACGAUCCCAAACACUGUCCAGUGAUCCAAGAGAUGUGGGAUCAGGAGAAACACCAUUUGCGACGAUUCGAGUCACUGGCGCUCAGACACCGGGUCUCCAGAAGUGUGUUCACUCCGCUCUGGAGUAUAGCGGGUCUGGCUUUGGGCGCCACCACUGCCCUCAUGGGUCCUCACGCGGCGAUGGCCUGCACUGUGGCCGUCGAGGAUGUCAUCUCCAAACACUACGACAACCAAUUGAGACAAUUACUCGACGAUGACUUAGAGGAACACAAAGAACUCAUCGAAACCAUCAAACAGUUCCGGGACGAAGAGCAACACCAUUACGACACCGGCAUUGAGUUUGGGGCACAAAAUGCUUUCGGUUUUAAUCUGUUAUAUAAUGUUAUAUCAAACGGAUGUCAGUUAGCCAUCAAAGUCGCCCAAAAGAUUUAA